UAAGCAUUUUUUGUCACUGUUAUUUGCAUGUUGAUACAUGACUUUUCAUCUAGUCGGCCGUCCGUGAUGAUUAGAAUGAUGACCAAGUAAGAAAAUGUGUGAAAUUCUGGCCGGCAAAUGUGUGAAAGUUGUCUUGCUAUUUAUACAGUUCUGCAACUUUCCUAUAACUUCAGGGCCCUGUAUGUGUGCUUUCCACUUUGUAUGACAAGGUCAAUAUCCCUGCUUCUUUCUCGUCUGAUAUCGGAUGGAGAAGCAGGUGAAACAGAGGAACAAGGUCCUACCCUUUCUUCCGAAAGCUGCAUCAGCCGUGACUUUCCAGGUAAGCACGCCGAUCAGCCCUGCUGGUAAAGGGUAUUCAGGUCCGAUCGUGUCCUUGAUUCCCAAGGAGGCUCGGAGGAAGUCCAAAAAUGGGAGCUUUGAUGAACCAACCUCACCGAAAGUUUCGUGCAUGGGCCAGAUCAAGUGCAGGAAAAAGAAGGAAACUGUGACGCCACCACAAGUAGCGACGGAAGAAAUGAAGAGGAAGCGUUUUUUGAUGCUUAAAGUAUUGAAAGGGACAAAGGGUGGUCAUAGAUUUUAUGUUUCCAAUGCCGGGGCAGAUCAGGUUGCUGAAAGAGUUCCUUCCUCCUUGCGCCAGAUGAAGCAAUUUUCUAGCGCACGUGGAACGUUAACAGAUUUUGAUUGGAUGGCAUAUGAAGCAGAAGGGGCAGGGGAAGCAGGCUGCGUGAGCAAUCCUUUGUACGAGGAAAAGGGAGUGAAAAGUGAGAAGGAAGCAAAGGUUGUUGUCAAUGGAGUUGGGGUAGUUGAAGAAAUAAGAAGAGAAAAUCUGUGGACGAGAAGAACCACGGCCUCUCUAACUCCAAUUCAGUUGUAACUCCAUGACUGCUGAGCCAAGUUUGAUUGCCAUACUCAAUUAAUAUUUUAUGUAAUCUUUUUCUUGUUAUUCGAAAAGCCAAUGUCAAUGUUUAUACGAAAUUUAAUGAUAAUCAAAAACAAGAUCUCGGUCUUUCCCCCUUAAA